AUCAUGGUCACUUCUUCUUCUUUCUCCUAUAUGUUCUUCUUAGUAAUGAUAGCUUCCCACUUGGUUUCUCCGGUGAGAUCAAGCGACAUUGAAGCUCUACUGAGUUUGAAAUCAUCCAUUGAUCCAUCCAACUCAAUACAAUGGCGAGGAACAGAUCUCUGCAACUGGGAAGGAGUUAAGGGAUGCAUAAAUGGAAAAAGAGUCUCAAAGCUUGUUCUUGAGAAUCUGAACCUUACUGGCUCACUCGAUGAGAAGAGCUUAAACCAAUUAGACCAACUUCGAGUUCUUAGUUUCAAAGGCAACUCUCUCUCAGCCUCAGUCCCUAACCUCUCCGGUUUAGUCAAUCUCAAAUCGCUUUUCCUCAACGAAAACAACUUCUCCGGCGAGUUCCCUGAAUCACUGACGUCUCUCCACCGGUUAAAAACCAUUGUCCUCGCAAGAAACCGGUUUUCCGGCUUGAUACCUACCUCCUUGCACCGUCUCUCCCGCCUUUACACGCUCUGCCUUGAAGACAAUCUCUUCUCCGGCUCCAUUCCUCUUCUCAACCAAGAAACUCUCAGAUUCUUUAAUGUCUCGAAUAAUCAGCUCUCUGGCCAAAUACCACCAACACAAGCACUGUCUCGGUUCAAGAAGUCGUCGUUUAGUGGCAACAUUGCUCUCUGCGGCGAUCAGAUUCAACACUCAUGCAGAGAAAGGAAUGAUACCGUUGGAAUCUCUUCGAAGCCGUCGGCGAUUCCAGUAGCCAAAACACGGCACAAAACGAAGCUCAAGCUCAUUGGAAUCAUUUCAGGGAGCAUCAGUGGCGGAGUUGUGAUUCUUCUUCUUCUGACGUUGCUUUUUAUAUCCAUCAAAUCCAUGAGAGGAGAGAGGAGAAGCAAAGCUGUGGCAGAGUCAGCAGGGGAAACAAGAGAAGGAAGAGGUAACAGUGACCAGAGAAACAAAAGGUUCUCAUGGGAGAGAGGAAGCGAAGAAGGAUCGGUGGGGGCUCUGGUUUUCUUGGGAAGAGGUGAACCAGACAUGACGGUGGUGAGAUACACCAUGGAUGAUCUGCUCAAAGCUUCAGCGGAAACACUAGGAAGAGGAACGUUAGGGAGUACUUACAAGGCGGUGAUGGAGUCUGGUUUCAUUGUCACUGUUAAGAGGCUCAAGGAUGCAGGGUUUACUCGUAUGGAGGAGUUCAAGAGACACAUGGAGAUCCUUGGAAGGCUCAAGCACAAUAAUCUUGUGCCUCUCAGAGCUUAUUUCCAAGCAAAAGAAGAAUGCCUGCUCGUUUAUGAUUACUUUCCCAAUGGAAGUCUCUUCUCUCUUAUCCAUGGAAGUAAGGUUUCUGGUAGUGGGAAGCCACUUCACUGGACAUCAUGUCUGAAAAUAGCUGAGGAUUUGGCAAUGGGUCUGGUCUACAUUCAUCAGAAUCCCAGCUUAACACACGGAAACUUGAAAUCAUCAAAUGUUUUGUUAGGUCCUGAUUUCGAGUCCUGCCUUACAGACUACGGUCUCAGAGAUCUCCAAGAUCCUGACUCAGUUGAAGACACAAGUGCAUCAUCUCUCUUUUACAAAGCUCCAGAGUGCAGAGACUUAGGCAAGUCCUCAACACAACCAGCUGAUGUCUAUAGCUUUGGGGUCCUCCUUCUAGAGCUUCUAACAGGUAGAAGCUCAUUCCAAGAACUUGUUCAUGAAUACGGGUCUGAUAUCUCCAGAUGGGUGCGUGCGGUGAGAGAGGCAGAGACUGAAUCAGGAGAGGAGCUGAGUUCUUCUGAGGAGAAAAAAUUUCAAGCUCUUUUGAGCAUUGCCACAGCUUGCGUAGCUAUUCAGCCUGAAAACAGGCCUGUGAUGAGAGAGGUACUGAAGAUGGUGAAGGAUGCAAGAGCGGAAGCAGCAGUGUUGUCAUCUUUCAGCAGCGAUCAUUCACCUGGGAGAUGGUCAGAUACAAUUCUGAGCUUGCCAAGGGAGGAUCAUAUGAGCAUAUGAGGGCAAGUUGUUUGUGAAGUCUCCAUUGUAUGAUUGUUGAAGUAUCUAAGGGAUCAUAGUGUAGAGUGUUUUUGUUGACACCAUUCUGAUUAA